UCAGAGGGCGGAGAGGAUCUGGGAGGGGCUGGAGGGCAGAGGGCAGCUCGUCAAGCUCUGUUUUUCAUUGACUGGACUCAGAAGCCUCCUCCACCCACCCCGACCUGCCUCCCCACCGAGAGGGGUUCAACACCCCGGCGGUCAGGCCCUGACAUGCAGGAUAAGCCUCGAUAAGGGGUCAGGUAACAACGACAAACAAGACAGGCAGCAGGCUGUAGCCAGAGCCCAUCGACCAGGCCUCGCCUCUGGACGGCCGCCUGUCACAGCGUCCAGCGCAGGGCCAGCUGGGAAAUGUUCCGAACCCUGGCUGCAGCCAGUGCGGCCCUGGGGCCCCAGGCGGCAGGCUGGGUGCGAACCAUGGCCUCCCAUCAGCUGCUGGUGGCCCCCCCAGAGGCCCUGUUCAAGCCCCUGACCAUCCCCAGCCGGCUCCUGCUGGGGCCGGGCCCUGCUAACCUGGCUCCUCGCGCCCAGGCGGCCGGCGCCCUGCAGAUGAUCGGGCACAUGCACAAGGAGAUGCACCAGAUAAUGGACGAGAUCAAGCAAGGUAUCCAGUACGUGUUCCAGACCAAGAACCCGCUCACGCUGGCCAUCAGCGGCUCAGGGCACUGCGCCCUGGAGGCCGCCCUGUUCAACAUCCUGGAGCCAGGGGACUCCUUCCUGGUCGGGGUCAGCGGCAUCUGGGGGCAGCGGGCCGCGGACAUCGGGGAGCGCAUCGGAGCCCAAGUGCACCCGAUGGUCAAGGAGCCAGGAGGCUACCACACGCUGCAGGAGGUGGAGGAGGGCCUGGCCCAGCACAAGCCCGAGCUGCUGUUCCUGACCCAGGGGGAGUCCUCCAGUGGCGUGCUGCAGCCCCUGGAUGGUUAUGGGGAGCUCUGCCACAGGUACAAGUGCCUGCUCCUGGUGGACUCGGUGGCAUCACUGGGUGGGGCACCCAUCUUCAUGGACCAGCAAGGCAUCGAUAUCUUGUACUCGGGCUCCCAGAAGGUCCUGAAUGCCCCUCCAGGCACCUCACUCAUCUCCUUCAGUGACAAGGCCAGAAGCAAGAUCUACGCCCGGAAGACGAAGCCCUUCUCCUUCUACCUGGACAUCAAGUGGCUGGCCAACUUCUGGGGCUGUGACGACAAGCCCAGGAUAUACCAUCACACCACCCCCAACAUCAGCCUGUAUAGCCUGAGGGAGAGCCUGGCCCUCAUAGCCGAACAGGGCCUGGAGGAGAGCUGGCGGCGACACAGGGAGGCCACGGCCUACCUGCACGGCCGCCUGCAGGGGCUCGGCCUGCAGCUCUUCGUGAAGGACCCAGCCCUCCGGCUGCCCACCGUCACCACCGUGGCUGCGCCCGCUGGCUACGACUGGAGGGACAUCGUCAACUAUGUCAUGGACCAUUUCAGCAUUGAGAUCACGGGCGGCCUUGGGCCCUCACUGGGAAAGGUGCUGCGGAUCGGGCUGCUGGGCUGCAAUGCCACCCGGGAGAACGUGGACCGAGUGAUCGCAGCCCUCCAAGCGGCCCUGCAGCACUGCCCCCGGAACAAACUGUGACCUGACCUGCCUGCAUGUCCCACCCCGACUUGGAGUGGGUGAGGGUGGGGUCAGGAGCAAACAGACUCUGCAAAUGGACAGGCCCGGG